GAUGUCAGAAGCCUGGUUUCCGGUUCCGGCGGGUCUCAGUUGGCUUUUGCUCCUGUGCUACGUGUCCCUGGUAUCUUAAGCGGCAGCGGGUCCGGCAAUCAUGGAUCAGGUAAUGCAGUUUGUUGAGCCAAGUCGGCAGUUUGUAAAGGACUCGAUUCGGCUGGUAAAAAGAUGCACCAAACCUGAUAGAAAAGAAUUCCAGAAGAUUGCCAUGGCAACAGCAAUAGGAUUUGCUAUAAUGGGAUUCAUUGGUUUCUUUGUGAAAUUGAUCCAUAUCCCUAUCAAUAACAUCAUUGUUGGUGGCUGAAUACUUUACUGAAGAGUGUUUUUCAUCUUGGGGAUUGGUGAACAAUGGAGAGUUUGAGAAGCCCAGGAGUAAAAAUUUGUUCUAUAUAUUGUGCGUUUUUUUUCUUCCAAGAUGUUUUCUAUUUCUAAAUUAAAAUAAUUUCAAAAUA